AUGUCUUCCAAUGCUUCGUUCCACAGCCUCGAGGAUCUGCCCCUGGCAGAUCGCGUCCUCUUCAACACCUUUGGCCGGGGUGAGAGGGUAUCCAUCGCAUAUGGUGUUGUACACCAUGCCUUCGAGGCCAUCGUUGCCGAGAACCCAGAUGUCACAGCCGUCCGCCACUACGAUGGUACCGAGAUCACAUACAGGGAGCUCAACCGACGAGCGAAUAUGCUCGCUAACGAGCUUCGCAACAACUACGGCAUGAAGAAGGGCGAGAGGGUUGUUCUCGUGUACUCUCGGUGCAUUGAGAUGGUCGUCUUCAUCUUCGCCGUGCUCAAGGCCGGCGGUCAGUAUGUGCCCCUUGAUGGUGCCAUUAUCCCCGAAGACACCCUAGCAUACGACAUUGUCGACUCUGGGGCGCGCAUUGUCCUCUGCACCCCCAAGUUUGAGGCCAAGGCUUCUGCAUGCAUUCCGGCGGAAACGACAGCAGACGUCAAGGUCCUGGCUCUCGGCGCCAAGAGCCUUCUUUGGAGCACUGGAUGCACCUCAAACCCAAGCGUCGAGGUGCUGCCGAGCGACGGUGUCUAUGUCAUCUACACAUCUGGCACUACUGGCCGGCCAAAAGGCGUCGAUGUACGACAUAGAGGCGUAACCAACUGUCUACUUGCCGAACCAUCGAAGCUCGGCAUCAAGGUUGGCUCCCAAGUCGCCCAACAGCUCAACGUCGGUUUCGAUAUGUGUGCAUGGGAGAUUCUGGGGACUAUGAUGAACGGCGGCACACUCCAUAUUCGAGGCAGCGGUGACGAUCUGUGGCAUGACUGUCUGCGUCGCGUCGACACAGUCAUCGCCACUCCGUCUGUGGUUCUCAAGCACAUGUCGGAUCGUGAAGACUUCCCCAACAUCCGUACCAUCGCUGUCGGUGGCGAACCAUGCCCACUCGCGCUGGCAGAGAAGUGGGCGCCAUACGUCAAGUUCUGGAACGUUUGCGGACCAACUGAGAUCAGCGUCCUUAACACGGCUCAUCGUCACAGGCCAGGUGCUGUUCUGUCGAUCGGCCGACCAAACCCCAACACAAAUGUCUACAUCCUGGACGAGAACGAGAACCCCGUGCCCAUCGGACAGCCUGGUGUCAUGUGGGCCAGUGGUCCUGGUGUUUCAAAGGGAUAUCUAAAUCUUCCCGAACUCACUGCUGAGAGAUACAAGCUGGACAAGUUUACCAACAGCGGUCGUAUGAUGUUCAACACUGGCGAUCUCGCUCGCUGGUUGGAAAAUGGCAGUCUCGAGCCUCUCGGCCGCAAGGACGACCAGGUUAAGAUCGCAGGCUUCCGGGUUGAGCUUGACGGAGUCUCCAGAGCCAUUGAAAAGUGUCCGUCCGUCAUCAAGGGCUGUGCUCUGAAGAUUGGCGAGAAGCUCUGGGGCUUCUACUCAGCGCCACGACCUAUCGAGGAGGCAGAGCUCAAGGAGACUGUCGGCCGUGGUCUCCCCUUCUACGCCGUACCAACUAUCUGGAAGUUCCUGCCUGCCAUUUCCUUGACACCCAACGGCAAGGUUGACAAGCGCAUCCUGAAGUCCAUCGCAAUGGGAGAUGCUCUUCCUACACCGGAGCCUUCUCCCGAACUAUCCCCAGUUUCUUCGGCUGUGGCCAUCAUUCCCAAGGCCUACGAUGUUCCGUCGGCUGGCCUCUAUGGUCUCGCCCCUGCUCCCCUGAGCAUCCCUGCCCAGGCGCUGACGCAUGCUACAUCGGCUGGCAGCCUACCAUCGCCUGAUUCAAGCCACUGGUCACCCACGACUCUUGUCGGCUCUGAAAGCCAACUGAACCUCGAAAAGGGUGUCGAGAUUGUCGACGGUGAGCCCGAGCCAAAAGACUACGAGCUCCCCCAGAAGAAGGGCUUCCACGGCUGGCGAUGGCUUCGUCACCGUGGUCUGUCGGCGUAUCGCAAGCUGUUCGGCGCCAUCUUCAUCGCCAACUUCUCCGUCAUCCUCUGGAUGCUGUUUGAGAGCCGCACCGACAACUUUGCGCUCCCUCUGGACAAGAUUGCAACAGCAGUCGGCGCCAACCUCCUCGGUGCCGUUCUCCUGCGCCAGGACUACGUCAUCAACUUCAUCUUCCGGGUUUGCUCUCGCGUGCCAACGUCUUUCCCCCUGGGAGUCCGGCGGCACUUUGCCCGGGUCUAUCACAGCGGCGGCGUUCACUCUGGCUGCGCCGUCUCCGCCUCGGUCUGGUGGAUCAUCUACGCCUUUGCCGCCACCGGCAGCUUCAUCUCCAAGUCCCCCGUCUACAACGUGAACAUUCAGACUCUCGUGCUGACCUACCUCGUCCUCUUCCUGCUCAUCGCCAUUCUCGUCAUGGCGUACCCGACCAUUCGCGCCAAGAUGCAUGACCAGUUCGAGUGGACCCAUCGCUUUGCCGGAUGGACCUCCGUCGGCCUCGUAUGGGCGCAUCUCGUGCUGUCCGCCCAGUCCAUCGCCUCCCCUUCCCAGCCCCUCGGCGCCACCCUCGCGCGCACGCCGUCGGUGUACCUCGUCGGGCUGGCCACCCUCAGCAUCGCGCUCCCCUGGAUGCGUCUGCGCCGCGUCCCCGUCCGCCCGGAGCCGCUCUCCAAGCACGCCGUCCGACUGCAUUUCGACUUCAGCACGCCGGCCCCCUGCACCUCCAAGGGCGUCCGCAUCACCGACAAGCCGCUCGUGGAGUGGCACGCCUUCGCCGCCAUCCCGGAGCCCAGCGGCAAGGGCUUCAGCAUCGUCGUCUCCAGGGCGGGCGACUGGACGAAGCGCAUCAUCGAGAACCCGCCGACGUCCAUCUGGACCCGCGGCACGCCGGCCUCGGGCGUCCUCGCCGUCGCGCCCCUUUUCAAGAAGAUGGUCCUCGUCAGCACCGGCUCCGGCAUCGGCCCCUGCCUGCCCGUGCUCAUGGAGCGGCGCGUCCCCGCCCGUGUCCUCUGGAGCACCAAGAACCCCCUCAGCACCUACGGCCAGGGCAUCAUGGAUACCAUCCUCGCGGCCGACCCCGACGCGCUCAUCUGGGACACGGACGAGCGCGGACGGCCGGACCUCGUCAAGCUUGCGUACCAGCUCUACGUGGAGAGCGGCGCCGAGUGCGUCGCCAUCAUCUCCAACGGGCCAACGACGAGCAAGUUUGUGUACCAGAUGGAGAGCCGUGGAGUGCCUGCGUUCGGGCCCAUCUGGGACUCUUAG